GAUGGCGGCGUUUGGGUGUUGUGGCUGUUGUUGAAUUUAUUUUUACCUCCGGGGUUACGCUACCAACAAAUUAUUCACUUAAUUACUAUAAACAAUUCCUCGUUUAUUUAUAUAUUUACAAUUAUAUAUAAUAAUAUUACAGUGAUUUUUUUUUUUGACUUAUUGGUUAUAUUUUUAAUAAAAGUGUUUCUGCAAGUGGAUAUUAUUUUUCUCAAUGAAACAAAAAAAUAAAAGAGACGGAGUAACAAUGCGAGAUUAUCGUUAAUAUACCGAAAUAUAUAUAUAUAUAUAUAUACACAUAUAUAUAUUCAUUUAUAGGAUUAUUCGGUAAAAGAGAGAGAUAGGAGUCAGUAAGAGAGUGAGGGCGAGAGAGGGGGAUUUUAAGAGAGCGAGAGAAGGGGCGAGAAAAAAACCGGAAGAGAUCGAAACCCAGUCGAUAACACUGGAGAAAGACGGUGGAGCUUCGGAGGAGGGGGAGAUGUCCGCUGGCACCCAGGGCGAGAUUCGGGUCGGUCCAUCGCACCAGGAAUUGGUUUCUUGUCAGGCCCGUUUGCCUGAUUUCCGGCGGGGUGUGCCAUCAGCAGACCUACCAUCAGAUCAUCCAGAUCACACAAAACAUCGAGAAGAAUUAAGAUGGAGGCCAACGUCACUGGACGGCGAUCUGCUCAUGUAUCUAAGAGCAGCACGUUCAAUGGCUGCAUUUGCUGGUAUGUGUGAUGGAGGUUCACCAGAUGAUGGUUGCGUCGCAGCAUCCCGAGACGACACGACUAUCAACGCACUCGAUAUAUUACACGACUCUGGAUAUGAUCCAGGACGAGCACUUCAAGCUCUUGUCAAGUGUCCAGUCCCCAAAGGCAUCGAUAAAAAAUGGUCCGAGGAAGAAACUAAACGAUUUGUCAAAGGUCUCCGUCAAUUUGGCAAAGAUUUUACACGUAUACGUAAAGAUUUAUUACCCCACAAAGACACACCAGAAUUGGUUGAAUAUUAUUAUUUAUGGAAAAAAACACCAGGUGCAAAUAAUAAUCGUCCCCAUAGACGUAGACGUCAAGGUUCAUUGCGACGUAUACGAAAUACACGUAACUCACGUGCGGGUACUCAGAAAGAGGAGAUACCCACUGUUCAAACUAAAGAAAAUAAUACACCAGCAAACACGACGAGCGCUAAGGAAGCAACUACCGAGCCAGAAACACCGUCUGUCGGUGCUUCGGCAAGUAGUAAUAACAAUAAUAGUACAAGUACUAAUAAUAAUAAUAACAAUAGUAAUAAUAAUAAUCCGGGCGGUGAAGUUAGUUCUGUGACAGAGGACGAUAAUUCGGAGGAAGACAGUGAUUCGCGUGAUACAAAUACAAACGGUUCGGCAUUUGAACGAUCUUGUCAGCAUUGUUUUUCAACAACAUCUAAAGAUUAUCAGAUUGCUGGUAAAGAUAGACUAUUACUUUGUCUGGAAUGUCGAUCACACUUGAAAAAAACAGGAGAAUUACCUCCAGCACCGCCUUAUCUAUUUCGACCUGUACCUGCAGAAUCACCGGACAGUCCCGGUAGAAUGCGGACACGUAAUAAAGCUAAAGAAACACCACGUCCAGCACGACCACGUAGAACUGGAGGUACUGAUACUCCGGAUCAAGAAAAACAACAGCAACAGCAGCAGCAACAGCAACAACAACAGCAAAAUCAACAGACACCUGACAAGAAAAAGAAGUCAACGAAAUCAGAGACGCCGAAGAAAACACAAAAGAGGCCGCAAAUUGAUGAAAACGACGAGGAUAAAGAUCCACAAAAACGUAAACGUGCCGAAAGUCCAUCGGAAUCUCUGACGACUGAUUCAAACUCGCUGAUGGAUGAACCAGAGCGUGAAAACGAAGUUGAUUCCAAUGAGAAUCAACCGUCCUCAAAUGUACCGGUUGUUAAUGAAGAUCCUUUCUCACCAGAAACAACACCCGAAGAAUCCUCAGAAACUACGCCGGUAUCUACACCUAUUCCUCCGCCGGUAAUAACGACUUUACCUAUAAAUGUUCCUGUUAUUCAUGUGCUAGAGAAAAAACCAGUCAUUGAAGAGUCACCACCUGAAAUUAAAACAGAACCUGAAGACUUGAUGAAUCAACAACAGCAGCAGCAGAUGCAGCAGCAUCAACAACAACAGCAGCAGCAACAACAGCAACAACAACAGCAGCAACAACAACAACAGCAACUGCAACCAGUCCCAUUGAAACUAGAACCACUUCCAACAGAGGCUGAAAUGUCUCCAGUGAAUGAGGAAAUAAAAUCGGAACCUGAUUUGCAGCCUCAAAAUUUGAAUAUUAAUCAACAACAUCAACAACAACAGCAGCAGCAACAACAACAACAACAACAGCAGCAGCAUCAGCAGCAGCAACAACAACAACAGCAGCAGCAGCAACAACAACAGCAACAACAACAGAUGCAGCAGCAACCGAUGAUAAAUGAUUUAAGUCAGAAUAUACCAAGAAAUUUAUCACAACCAAUGAGCAAUCCAAUAAUUAUUCCUCAAAGUAUACCUACGGCAUUGCCACCACCCCCACCAUCUCAAUUACCACCUCAACCUCCUCAGGGUCUUCCUCUUAAUAUGCAAUACUCAGGUAGUAUACAAGCCGCUCAAACAGUACCGCAAAAUCUCUCACAAAAUAUAUCGAUACCACAAAAUAUUCCACAACCGAUAGCUCAAAGUUUAGCGGCAUCGCGUGAUAUGAUCCAACCACCAAUGACGAAUCAUGCAGAACCACAGCCUUUGGCUCAGAGUAUACCAGUACCACCGUUGAAUUUAAAUAUACCGCAAAAUUUAUCUCAAAUUUCACAAAUGCCACCUUCACCUCAACCACUUGGUUUGACGGUAAUGCCUACGGAUAAUCGAAUUAAUGAACGACUCAAUGAUGACAGGAUACCAGAACGUAAAUUAUUUGAUCGUAUAGCUGAUAGAAUACCCGAGAGAAUGGAAAAUAAUGACCAUCAUCAUCAUCAUCACCAUCAUCAACAACAACAAGAUCACCAAGAUCGUCCGCCACCGGAACCGGUUAAUCUUUUCCAGCCAAUCCAACCGCCACCGCCGAUGAUUAAUGAAAAACCACCGGCUAUCUACAGUCUUGCCACAACACCGCCAAUGGAACCGCAAAACUUAAAAAUAAAACAAGAAAUCAUUCAUCCAGAACCGGAUCCUCUCCAGAGUCUUAAAGAAGUUAAAGUUCCUGGAUUCCAAGGCGGUUUUCCAGGUCCGAGCUUAGACAAUAUUAAGAAAGAUCCAGACGCAAGUAAACCUCCAACGCCGAGCAAACACUCGAGCCAACAGCCUCUGGCUCAACAGCAGCAGCAACAGCAACAGCAGCAACAACCUGUACCAAUACAACAGUCAAUAGCAGCAUCUCCAACACCACUACCUCCACCUACGUCAAUUCCCCAGCCUGUAAUGCACCCAAGUCAGCAACCAAGUCCUCACAUGGCUCAUCCGUUCCACCCACAUCAUCCGUUGAUGCAUCAUUCACUAUUUGCCGCAAUGCAUCCUUACCAUGCCCACGGUUACCCGGGUUACCCUCCAGUCAGUGGUUACCCGUCAUUUCCACCUUACGCUUACGGACCACCAGUUCCUCAUGCCAUUCCUCCGCCAUCUCCACAGCGUAGUCAAGAAAGCACGACAAUGAUGACUGCCCAUCACUCGAGUUCGAGUUCUAGUGUAACUACGCGCGAGGAAGGCGAAAAUCUGAUAGCAACUCAUCAUCAUUCUUCGUCAAGUCAUCAUCAAGCUGCUACGCUGCAUCACGAUAAGUUACUCAGUAUUUCAUCGCAUUCGUCGCACAGUCAUUCAUCAUCGCACAGCAGCUCACAGCACAAUAGUCAACGUAAACAACAACAGCAACCACCACCUCAAAUGGUACAGCAACAAGGAUGUUUGACGCCAUCGAGUGGAAUGCAUCAUCAUCAUCGUGGGCCACCGUCAUCUGUCCCACCCAGCAUACAGCAACCACCAAUUAUUGAGCCUAAGGUUGAAGAAAUGAUGGAACCAGAGCCAGAAGAAUCACCAAGUCCACGUGGUCCGUCACCCGAACCGCGUAUCGAAGAUUCCGAGUGUCAUCGUUCACAGUCAGCGAUAUUUUUACGUCACUGGAAUCGCGGUGAAAAUAAUAGCUGUACACGUACAGAUCUUAUGUUUAAACCAGUGCCUGAUUCAAAAUUAGCACGUAAGCGGGAAGAACGGUCACGUAAACAAGCAGAACGUGAGCGCGAAGAACGUGAUCGUGCUGCUCAACAAGCCCGUAAAAUGUCAACGCCUGAAAAACAACCUGAAGUUUGUAAACCACCAAGUCGUGGACCAAUGGAACCAGUUGUGUCGCCUUACGACAGGUACGCAGCGACGCGUCCAAGUUCUUACACAGACACACCGGCAUUGAGACAGCUAUCGGAAUACGCGCGUCCCCAUGCUGGUUACUCACCAGCUCGACAUCCUGGACCACCAGAUCCAAUGCUACACUACAUGUACGCACCUGGUGCACGUGAAAGGCUCGAGCUUGAACACAUGGAGCGCGAAAAACGUGAGCGAGAGAUUAGAGAAUUAAGGGAACGUGAACUGAGCGAUAGAUUGAAAGAGGAAUUGAUGAAAGGAACGCCUAGACCUAUGCCAGCACCUGUUGAUCCCCAUUGGAUUGAAAUACAGAGGAGAUACGCUGCUGCAGGAUUAGCCCCUGGACCUUCUGGACCACCUCAUAGUCUUCAGCAUCUUGGGUUCUACGGUGCGCCACCUGGUCCGAGUCAGUUAGACCGCGAACGUAUGGAACGACUAGGGAUUCCCACUGGAGCCGGCGGGGGGCCAGCGGGCGCAGGAGCCGGCCAUCCUGUUGCACAUCAUCAUGGCCAGCUUGACGAGCGACUGGCUCUAGCUGCCGAUCCGAUGAUCCGAUUACAGAUGGCUGGCAUCUCGCCCGAAUAUCAUGCUCACACUCACGCGCAUACUCACGCGCAUACCCACUUGCACCUACAUCCAGGACAACAGCAGGCCCAGCAACAAGCACAGCAACAACAGGAAAUGGCUGCCGCUGCCGCUGGAUACCCCCUGCCUGCGGCGGCUGGUGCUAAUUACCCACGACCAGGAAUGAUGCAACGUGACCCAACACUUGGAUUACAUCCAGCGGAAUUAUUAUCACGACCUUAUGCUGAUAUUGCAGCGGCGGCACAUCAUGAACAAAUUCAACGUCACCUUAUGAUGGAACGCGAACGCGGAUAUCCUCCAAGUCAUGCGUCUUUAGUUGCUCAUCAUGAAGAAUACUUAAGAAAUUUUUAUUAUAGACAACAACGUGAACGUGAACUAAAAGUUCGUGCAUUAGAAGAAGCAGCUCGUGGAUCACGACAAUGAAAUAAUAAUUAUUUUAGUUAAAAUAUAUUUAUAUAAAUAACAAUUUAAAUAAUUUAUAUUAUUAUUAUUAUAUUGAUAAAUUAGCAAUUAUUUAAGUAAUUCGUCCUGGAACCUUAGUAUGAAUUUUUAUUUGUUUUUUAUUAUUUAGUUAACUCAAUUUAUUAAUUAAUGCAUUAAUAAUAGAAAUAGGGAUGAUUAAUGAUAAUUAUUAACAAUUAUUAUAUUUUUUUCUAAGCAAUUAUUUUAAAAUAAUUAACAAUACAUUUUUUAAUUAGUUUUUUUUUAACAUUUUUUUUGUUUAAAUAAAAAAAUGUUUUAUUCCAGGACGGAGAAAGUGCGAAUUUUAAUUACAUGAGUUAAUUUUUUUUUUCUUAAGGAAAAAAUGAAAUAAAAAAUUUGACUAUUUACUUAUAAAUAUAUAUAUAAAUUUUAGUAUAUAUUUAUAUAUACAUAUAUGAAUAUAUGAAUAUAAAUAAAUAUAUAUUGAACGUUUCAUUGGCUAAAACAAACUAUUUUUAGUGUAUGAAACGUUGUGUAAUAUUGUCCAUUGUAAAUACGGAGAAAAAAAAAUAAUGAAAUGAAAGAAAGAAAAAUAAACGAGAUCGCGGAAGAAAGAGAAAGAAAAUAAAUAGAAUUUCAUAGAUAAUAAAAAAAGUAAAUAAAUAAAUAAAACAAAUAAAAACUUUUUUAAAUAAAUUAAUUAGUAUAAAUAAUAGUAUUUUUUUUAUGUCAUUUUUAAGUGUAGAAAAAUUUUAACUUUUAUGGCAAUUAAUAAUAAAUUAUUAAUAAUUAAAAUAAAUAUAAAAAAAACUAUUAACGUAAGAUAAUAAAAAUAGUAUUGAAUUUAAUUAUUUUGUAUAUUUUAAUCUAUUAAUCUUUAAUUAUAAUAAUUAACUUAUACAUAAUUAAUAAUUUAUUAUGUAAGCGAAUUAUUAUUAAUAUUUGCUGUGGGAUUUUUAUUUUAGUGUAAAAAUGUUUUAUGAAAUUUACUUAAUGGCAUAUUUAAGAUUUUUUUUUAAUUAUUUUAUUUAAUAAAUCUUUUUAUUUGCCAAUUUAAUAAAAUAGUGUAUAAAUAAAUCAAAAUGAAGCCUUUAGAUGAAAAUAAAAAUUUUUAAAACAAUUGUCUUUUGUUUCUCUUUACUUUAAAUCUCAUCUUUUCUUUUCUUUCUUUUCCAUUUUCGCGAGCUAACAUUCAAAAAUAAAAUAUUUUUUAAAUUAUAAAUUAGACAAUUGCGUUAAAUGGCCUAGUUUUUCUCUCAUUUUAAUGACUCAGUUUUUAAUAUUUUCUAACUCAGUAAAAAUUAUUAAAAAAAAAAAAAUAAAUUACAUUUAUCAAUUGACUUAUUAUUAAUUAUAAAAAUAAAGAUUUUUUUAUAGAAUCUUAAAUAUUUAUUUCCCCAAGUUUUUUAUUCUUAAUAAAUAAACUAGGUCAUUUAUUUAAAUUGAGUGAAAUAAAAUUUUUAAAACUCUUUUAAAAAAUAAACUCUAAAGUUUUAAAUUUAAAAAAUAAAAACACUUGGGUGCGUGUAAAUUGUAAAGCUUAAAAAGAUAUCCAAUGUAAUCUAGUUGUUAAAUGAAAAUUAAAAAAAAAAAAACUAUUUCAUACAAACAUUAAAAUUAAAAAAAAACCAAA